AAAGCAUGGCGGCAACCCAAAUUAAUUCUAAUAAUAACGUGCCAGUUUACGAAUAUACGGAUAUAAAUACAAAACCGUUUCAUGUUGGCGCUUUUCUAAGUCUGUGGAAAGAGACCCUGAAACCUAGUGAUUAUUCUUUUCAAGAUACACCAGAGGAAAGGGAGGAUGCCGAAUUUGCAGAAGAGAUGGGAGUCCCCUCAGAAACAGUUGAUGAGCUCAAAGCUAUCUGCAGCCCGCAUACUUUAAACAGUCAUCCAGAAGAUGAGAAUCUUGAUAAGGACGUUGUACCGGAGAACCCCAGUCUGCAAACCUUACGGCUGAGGAAGAAGAGGCAGGACUAUAAAGAAACCCUUCUUAGAGACAUGACGUGCCGACAGGACGUUUAUGCCAAUGAACUGGAAAUCCUGGCAAUGGGCAGGAGGCCUGAAGAUCCUGAGGACCUGGUGCCGGAAGGGGAGCUCAUUCUGAGUGUCAACGUCCUGUACCCAGUUAUAUUUGAGAGGUUUAAGAACGUCCGGCCUCACCAGACCUUCCAGGUGCUGGGGUCCCAGAAGCUGACGCAGCUGCGGGAUGCUGUGUGCUGUGUGAGUGACCUGCAGGUGAGCGGGGAGUUCAGCAACACACCAGAUAUGGCCCCGGAGUUCAUCAGCAAGGAUCACUACAAGUCGGCAUUCUUUUACUUCGAAGGAGUCUUUUACAAUGACCUGCGCUACCCGGAGUGCACAGAUCUCAGCCUGACCGUUUUGGAAUGGGCAAAAACCCAUGACUUCCCAACUUUCCAGACCGCAAAGAUGGAAGACACCACGUUCAACAAGCUGAAUAUAAGGAUCGGGUACCCUUACCUGUACUCUCAUCAAGGAGACUGUGAACAUGUGGUCAUCUUUACUGACAUUAGAUUGGCCCAUCGGGAUGACUGCCUGGACCAGACGCUGUUCCCACUCCUCACCCACAAGCACAGGGUCAUCACCCGGAAGUGUGCUGUGUGCCACCUGUACAUCAGCAGGUGGAUAACCACCAAUGACCAAUUAGCCCCUAUGGACCCCUGCCUGUUCUGUGAUGUGUGCUUCCGAAUGCUGCACUACGACAGCCAGGGAAACAAGAUUGGAGAUUUCCUGGCUUACCCCUAUGUGGAUGCAGGCGCAUUCAACUGACAGCUAUGUUCAUAGGCACAAGCUGUACAUUACAUUUUUCUGGCUGCUAUGCAGUGUGAAAGUGUUUUUUGUUUUGUUUGGGUAAUUCUUGCAUCUAAAAUUGGCAUGAAACAUUUUAUGUGCACAUUUGUAUUAAAAUGUAAUAAACACAAAAUGACAAGAAUGUUAUUUUAAUGAUUUCAGCAUGAUGAUCUGAACCCUGAGGUGAUGGCAGUAUAUUUCGUAUCAGUGGUUGCAGAGACAUGAAGUGGUCCAUUCCUAAUAAAGCCUGUGAAUGAGGUUCUCAGUGAAUCUAAGCUGUGGUAAUCAAAGGAAACGUUUCUUUGUUCUACACUUGUUAAAUCCUUUACAUCCAAGUUCAGUUUUUCAGUUAAUUUCAGGUAUGAAAUUAAAAUGUACAAAUGCUGGUUACGCUGCAGAAGUCGCAGUGGCUGUAUUCAAAACCGCCUACUGCAUACUGUGUACUGCGUACUACACAAGUA